GUAAUUUCAGACCCAGAAAGCUAAAGUACGUAUGAAUGUGAUGUUACACCCUAAAAAGUUAAAAAGUAAAAGCAUUUAUGACUGCUGCAAUUGAAAGAGAAUAGAAGAAAGAAAAGGAAAAGAAGAGAAACAGGUAAGAAAUCUAUGAAAAUAGAAACAAAGAGGUAAAUAAAUAUUUCCACAUAGACCUCGAUCGCCGGUCGUCCACCCACCCCUUUCGAGUUUUUUUGUCUUCUCUCCACCUUGCUUCACGUGACCCUCCUCCCUCCUCUACAUCAGAUUCAAUUCAUUUCGAGAUCUCAUUUUUAUCUUUUCAUGACUUCUAAAACUACACUCUUUACACUCUCUCAUUCCCAUUCCCAUCCAUGCCUCCACCAAACCCAACCACACUCUCAGCAGCCCUUGUCUUCCUCCUACUGACAAUCUUCUCAGUUUCCACAGCCACCCACUCAUGUUCUUCAAAACCAGAGGCCUCCUCCUCCUCCGCAUUUUCAUGUCCACCAUUCACUUCACCACCUCCCUUUCCUUUCUCUUCUUUACCUGGUUGUGGCCACCCUUCCUUUCAAAUCAAAUGCUCUGCUCCUCAUUCCACCAUCUCCAUCAAUAACUUCUCUUUCUCUCUCCUUCGCUACGAACCCAGCUCCACCUCACUUGUUCUCUCCCCUCACAUCACCAACUCAACAAGCUCACUUACAAAAUCAGCCGACACAAACUGCUCGUUCCCUCACUUUCUCUCCAUCCCCGACCACUCCAUCAACCUCUCUGCCUCGCCUUUCCGAAUCUCCGACGCUUCUUGUUCUCGGCUCUCCGUUCUCAAACCUUGCUCCCCUCCAACUCUUCCCAACUGCAGCCAUUGUCCUUGGGAAUGCAAGCUCAUCAAAAACCCACUCAAGCUUCUCCUUGACUGUGGAUCUCCACACCGCCCUGUUACAGCGCAGGGCUGCCAAGGCGAUGUCUUGGGCUUUCUCGACAAUUUCCUCAAAUGGGGGAUCGAGCUCGAGUGGGACGAAGCUCAAGACUCUUACUUUUCUAGCUGCAGAGAUUGUCAGGCCAACAAUGGCUUCUGUGGCUUCAAUUCCUCUGACCCAGAGAAGCAAUUCCUCUGUUUUCACCCCAGGCCUCGCUUUUCACCUCCGUGGAUUAGCAAAGACAGCCCCAAUCGAAUCGCCAUCUUGUCCUCUGUAUUCACAUUGGCUUGUUUCCUAGUCAUUGUCUCAGUCUUUAUAGCCAUUUUCAGGUCCAGAAGAUUAAGCUCCUCUGCCACAGAAGAAGACCCAACAACCCUCUUCCUCCAUCGCCACCGCUCAGCCAGUCUUCUCCCGCCAGUCUUCACAUAGAAGGCCUUUUCCAACAAGUGCUUCUGCAACGAAAUCUUGAUACUCUCUUCGAUUGACCACCCAAACCUGGUCAAACUCCACGGCUAUUGCAGCGAUCCCAGAGGCCUUCUUCUGGUCUACGAUUACGUCCCUAAUGGAACUCUCGCCGACCACCUUCACGGCCCGAAGAGCUUGUACCGUAAAGGGUCUCUGACGUGGCAGGUAAGGGUCGACAUUGCUCUGCAAACGGCCAUGGUUAUGGAGUACUUGCAUUUCUCGGUGGUGCCUCCUGUGGUGCACAGAGACAUAACGUCGUCGAAUAUAUUUGUGGAGAAAGACAUGAGGAUCAAAGUUGGGGACUUUGGGCUGUCCAGGCUGUUAGUGUUCCCCGAAACGUCGUCGUCUACGUCCGGGUAUGUCUGGACCGGCCCGCAAGGGACGCCCGGGUACUUGGACCCGGAUUACCACCGGUCGUUCCGGUUGACGGACAAGAGUGACGUGUACAGCUUCGGGGUGGUGCUGCUGGAGCUGAUAUCCGGGUUGAGAGCGGUGGACCAGAGGAGGGACAAGAGGGAGCUGGCGUUGGCUGAUUUGGUGGUGUCCAAGAUCCAGAUGGGUCUGCUCCACCAGGUCGUCGACCCGGUUUUGAUAGUGGACGGAAAUGUGAUCGACGGCGUUGAUGUGGCGGCUGAGCUGGCGUUCAGGUGCGUGGCGGCGGAUAAGGACGACCGUCCAGAUGCCAGGGAAGUAGUAGAGGAGCUGAAGCGUAUCAGGAGCCGUACACGUGGGAUGAGCCGGGCCUCGAGUUCGAAUUUGAUUGGUGAUGAGGUGGCGAAGGGCUGAUUUGAUUUGAUGGGCGGGUGUGCGUGUGUGGGGUCAGAUGCACAUGUGCGGGGUUUGACUGACAAGCGAAAGUGAAAGGGAGAGAGAGUGUUCGUGUUGUGUCUCAUCUCAGCUCUCAGAAGAAGGUUUUUGUGUCGCAGAAAAAGACUCUGGACUAGAUAGAAUGUGAAUAGAUAGAUCUGUUUGGUUACUUUAAGAACUGUGUUUUUUUUUGUUUUUUGUUUUUGUUUUUUUUUUCCAGUUUCUGGCUUUUACUGUGUAUUAUAAAUUCCAAUAUAUUCAAAAUCGAAUUUUGGCGUUCU